AUGUCUCCUACUAUUCCUUCAUCGAAGUAUUCCGCUUUACGGCAGAGCGAAGAAACGCUCAGUGAAGAAGGGUCAUCAACUCAACCACUCCGUGUCCGACCCGCCGAAUCUACUUUUCGCCUCUUGGUCAGCGCUUUCGUCUGUUGCCUUCUAUCUGUUGCAGUGGGUUUUAGUUUGGGGAGAUACGGCUAUGAGGCUGCUGUCAAAGAGGCCCAUGGGCAUAAUCAGGCUGCAUGCAUUCCUGAGCCCAAGAGCCCUUCUCCAGCUGCUGGGUUGGGUAUGGCGACCAUCGACGAAGCCCCGUUCAUCAAAGAUGUCCCGCUUGUUCGCAAGAAGUUCGAACACGAUUCUUCAUAUAACUUUACAGCUCCAGGUUCCAACCAGAAGUGGCUUGAUUUGAUUUCCUUUGGCAAGCCCUUUGUUGCGAUACAUGAGCCGGCCAAGUACGGAUUACCGGACUACUUCCACAAAGAUGCACUACAACCUGAGGGGCUGCAGCCUGUGGCCUGGAACGUUUUCCACCAGCUACAUUGUUUGGUAUGUUUUCGCACCACGUACAUGAGACUUGCCUUGAACCUAGACGGCGGCUACGAAGUGUGCACGAAGCAGCAUAUUGAACACUGCUUGGAGAGCAUUCGUCAGGCAACCAUGUGUGCCGCCAACAUGAACAUGGAGAGGUUUGAGUUCAUUCAUUACCCCGGCCACACAGAUUUCGUUCCGAAAUUGGUUGGCCAGCACGAGACACAUACUUGCCGUGACUGGGAUGCAAUCAAGCGGAACAUACAAAAGGUUAGAGCGGAGAAUAUCCCUGUUGAUAAGUACGGAAAACGGAUUGGUACAUCGUAG